AAAGUCCAAUUCCUAUGACACAUGGGAUCAACGGAAAUCUGGGUACCCAAUUACCCUCCUUUGCGCCAAUUACUACUCUAAGAAUACCACGAUGUUCUAUAUGCGGGACACUUCAGAAGCAACAAAACGCUCACCGGUAUUGCAAAGCACUACUACUGGCCCCACAUGGCAGACAACGUCCAGCAAUUUGUCACCUCGUGUACGACAUGUCAACGGAUGAAGAGCAGCAAGCAGAAACAGGCAGGACUGCUACAGCCUCUUCCUCUCCAGAAAAGCCAUGGCAAGUGGUUCGCCUGGAUUUCAUAACCGGGUUACCAACUAUCACAGGCGGUCAUGACGCAAUCCUCGUCGUCAUCGACAAAUUCUCCAAAAUGUGACACUUCAUCUCGACACACACGACAGCAUGCGUACUACUAGAUCCUCAACCGUACCCAUACGAUAUACUACAUACUUCAUACCCAUACUUCGGUACCUUCUCAGUUCCAGCACAUCUCCUCUACUGAACGUACUAGAUCCUACCCCUACUACAUACUCUCAUCAGAGUUCGGUAAUCUUCAUCA